GCUGAGGUCUGGUCUUCUCUCAUUCUCCCCAAGAUCUCCCGAUCCCCGACUCCAAUUCUUUCGCUGUGUUCGCUGACCGCACGAGCUUGCGAUCCUGCGCCUGAGAAUGGCGCCCCGAAAGCCCUCCACCACCGCGGAAGUUUCCCUGGUACCUUUGAAGAACUGUCUUGUAAACCUGCCACCGUCGCUGGUCGCACUGCUGGUCAAUGCCAAUACUGCUGCACAAAAUGUAAUUGUCGAACUACAAUAUCGCCAAACUACGGGAAAGGCCAAUGGCAACCCCGCGCAGCGGUCAUGCUAUCUGGGAUGGACUGGAAUGCCGAGUAAGCGGAAGCUGGCUCCCGUCGUGGGAAGGGACGGUAUCAGCAGUGCUUCUGCCGCCAGGGAGCAGGACAUCUCUACUGUAGAGCUGGACACAACAUUUGGGCGACUCUUGGGUCUUGCUGAUGGCCAAAGGGUCGGGAUAUACAUCCAUCUUGAUCCACCCGUUGCGCAUACCAUUAAUAUUGAACCUCUGACUCCGGAAGAUUGGGAGAUUAUUGAGCUUCACGCGACCUUCCUCGAGCUUAACCUUCUGUCGCAGAUCCGAGCUCUCCCCAACCCCACAUACACGACGCCUCAACCUGAUCACAUGCACCCUCUUGCAUUGCAUUUAUCUCCAACAUCCACGGCCAACAUUGUCAUCACAUCUUUGACUCCUGCUCCCCCAAAUACCUCGCCCUUCGCGAAGAUAGCGCCAGAUGCGGAAGUCAUUGUUGCUCCGAAGACUCGUCCGAAGGCCAACAGAGGCGCCCGGGGAGAUAGCCGGAGUGUCACUGGAAGCAGCAGAAGAAGUGUUGGGGGACGGAGUAGUGGAAGCACCGCCCGGGCAAAGGGCAGUCGAUCUGACUCGACGAGCAGGGGCUCCCUCUUCUUCCGGGGAAUCGACCGCCAACUGUCGGAGCAGUACUUUGAUGAAGAGGCAGAGGAAGACAACAAUGAUGGGUUCCGUGUUUGGCUUGAUCCGGACAUGCUUGCCGCCAACGAGCUUCGGGGUGCAGGAUGGGCUUGCAUUUCGGUUGUCCAGCCUGCUGGCCUGAAGGCGCCACCCGACCCGCAGCAACAGGUAGAACAAACGGAACAAAAAGGUAGCGAUGCCGGAACACCGGCGGCCAAGCUGGUUGCAAGGUUGAUCCCGUGGACUGAUGCUCCGGACACUCAGCAUAUUGCAGUAUCCACUCUGUUGUCUGCUGCUCUCGGUGCUGAGGGUAUGGUGGGUGGUAUUAUUCGAGUCGAGGCGGCCCCUCCGCCGCUACAGCGGUCCACGGUGAAAACGCUCAAGAUACAUCCUUUUAUGGCUGAUACGACAAAGAAGAAAGAUGGAUUGAAAUUCGGGUCCGAUACUGCGGCAGCGAGAGAUGCAUUGGCAGAGCGUAUCAAGAUGAUCUAUGGGAGUACUGGAUCGGAUAAGGGGCUACUAGCAGGGCCCUUGACUGAUGGGAUGGUUUUGCCAAAUACAGACUACCAGGCAACAGGACCCAGUUUCGACGGUGCUAUUCUCCGAUUUGACCCUCCGCUGAAGAAUGGUUCCGAAACGGCAAAACCAGCAACAAACUGGCUCUUGGGAUCAGAUGCUAAGCUGUCGCUGGAAGUGCAGGCUGAAAUACCCCGUCCAGCGGAAUCAAGCUCCUCCGCCCAUCCAUCUGAGGACGCAAUACCGCUUACUAUUCCUGAACUGGUCGGGAUCGACCGCAUUAUUUCUCAGUCUAUCGAUAACCUGACCAAAUCCUCCUCUAUCUUACUCACAGGCGGUCUGGGGUCUGGAAAGACAGCUUUGAGCCAUCUACUAGCUCACUGUGUGCGGACGGACUAUCUGUUCAACGUAAAGUAUUUCUCUUGUCGGAAACUGGUUACCGACGAGACCCGGAUUUCAAACAUCAAAGAAACGCUGAACCGCCUUUUCAUGUCCGCUUCCUGGUGCGCACGUCUUGGCGGACAGUCGCUUGUGAUUCUGGAUGAUCUUGACAAGCUGUGUCCUGUCGAGACAGAGCUUCAGGUUGGAGGGGACAAUGGCCGCAGCCGCCAGAACAGUGAAGUAAUCUGCUCGAUGGUGCGCGAGUAUUGCACCAUGAACUCUUCGGUGGUUCUGCUGGCUACGGCCCAGUCGAAAGAGUCCUUGAACAAUGUCAUUAUCGGAGGUCACGUUGUCCGAGAGAUUAUCCACUUGAGAGCUACGGACAAGGAAGGUCGCCGGAAGGUGCUGGAGCAACUUACCAGCCAGGACAGGGGUGUCCCACCUGCGUUGAACGGUCAUGCACGGAACUCCAGUUCCUCUACGCAAGACUCCUGGCUAAACCCUUCCAAUCCAGGAAGUCGUCCCAGCUCAGCCGGUGCUGACGGGUUCGUGCUUGGUAGGGAUGUGGAUUUCUUGGAACUUGCUGGCAAGACAGACGGGUACAUGCCCGGCGAUAUGGUCCUUCUAGUCUCCCGCGCGCGAAACGAGGCUCUUAUUCGCUCUGUUCAGGAUAUGUCAUCAUCGUCGAGAGCCAUCACGCUUGGGGCAGAUGAUUUCGAAAACGCUAUAAAGGGCUUUACUCCCGCGUCUCUUCGAAACGUUACGCUCACCUCGUCUACUACGACCUUUGCAGGCAUCGGUGGGUUGACGGAGACUCGUAAAAUGCUCCUCGAGACGUUGCAGUAUCCCACCAAGUACGCGCCUAUCUUCGCACAAUGUCCUUUGCGUCUGCGCUCAGGUCUGCUACUUUACGGAUACCCUGGAUGUGGAAAGACAUUGCUCGCCAGUGCGGUAGCCGGAGAGUGUGGCCUGAACUUCAUCUCCGUCAAGGGUCCUGAAAUCUUGAACAAGUAUAUCGGUGCGAGUGAGAAGAGUGUCCGAGAUCUUUUCGAACGGGCGCAAGCUGCUCGACCAUGUAUCCUCUUCUUCGAUGAGUUCGACAGUAUCGCACCUAAGCGUGGACACGACUCUACAGGUGUCACCGAUCGCGUUGUCAACCAGCUUCUAACACAAAUGGAUGGUGCCGAAGGUCUCUCCGGAGUGUACGUCCUUGCAGCUACAUCCCGACCAGACCUCAUCGAUCCCGCACUGCUCCGACCAGGACGUCUCGACAAGUCUUUGAUCUGCGACAUGCCCAACCACGCAGACCGACUCGACAUAAUCCGAGCAGUGAGCGAGAAGCUCGCAAUGAACGAGGAAGUCGCUGCUCGUCUGGACGAAGUGGCCACCCGUACAGAGGGCUUCUCCGGAGCUGAUCUGCAAGCUGUCGUAUACAACGCCCAUCUUGAGGCAGUCCACGAUGCCCUGGGCGACCACUCCGUAAACGACAAGUCCACGGCCAAGAAUGGCACCAAGUCCUCAUCAACAGCCACCAGCACCAAGUCAUUCAUCCAGUUCCUUUACUCCGCCUCCGAGCAGGAGGCCGGAAAGGUAUCGAUGCCUUCUCCAGCUGUUGUCGCGUCUAAGCUCGACGCAAUCAAGAGCGCACGACGACGCCAGCGACAGUCGGAGCAAGGCACAGCAAACAACACUCAGACCGCAGUACCCAACGGGACCGCGCACGAGGAACCGCGCGAGGAGAUCAUCGUGCGGUGGGAGCACAUGGAACGUUCUCUGAACACUACGCGUAGCUCCCUCAGUCCAGCUGAAAGACGCCGCUUGGAAGGUAUUUACCGGGAGUUCAUCUUCGGACGGAACGGUGAGAUGCCCAACGGCGAGGGCAGCCAAGAAAUUGGAGGACGGACGAGCUUGAUGUGAUCCAUGUAUAUUAAUACCACAUGC